UUUCUUCAUUACUCUAAGCUUAAUAAGCUUAAAUACCUCUCUCUCUAUCUCUGUGAAACCAUAUAUCUCUCUUUUUCUUAUAGUUCAUUAAUUUUGUAGCAACAAAGUUAGGAAUUAUGGGUAGUCUUCCAACUGAUAACCUUGACAGCAUGUCAAUAUGUUCUCAGAAUCCACUAGACCCUGAUGAGUUCAGAAGACAAGGUCACAUGAUCAUUGAUUUCCUAGCCGACUAUUACAAAAAUGUCGAAAGUUAUCCAGUUAGAAGCCAGGUCGAACCCGGUUAUCUCAGCAAACGAUUACCAGAAACUGCUCCUAAUCAUUCUGAGUCCAUUGAGACCAUUCUUCAAGAUGUUCAAAAUGAUAUCAUCCCUGGUAUUACUCACUGGCAAAGUCCAAAUUACUUUGCUUAUUUUCCUUCUAGUGGUUCCGUUGCCGGAUUCCUUGGGGAAAUGCUCAGCACUGGAUUUAAUGUCGUUGGGUUCAAUUGGAUGUCAUCACCAGCUGCAACGGAGUUGGAAAGUAUUGUGAUGAAUUGGCUCGGACAGAUGCUUAACCUUCCAAAGUCAUUCCUGUUUUCAUCAGAUGAUAAUGCAGGUAGUUCAGGUGGAGGAGUUUUACAAGGGACUACUUGUGAAGCCAUUCUAUGUACGCUGACCGCAUCAAGAGAUAAAAUGCUCAACAAAAUUGGAAGAGAAAAUAUUAAUAAGUUAGUUGUUUACGCUUCUGACCAAACCCACUGUGCACUUCAAAAGGCUGCUCAGAUUGCCGGUAUAAACCCGAAGAAUUUCCGCGCUAUUGCAACGUCUAAGGCAACUGACUUUGGGCUCUCUCCACAAGCUCUUCUUUCAACGAUUCUGGCCGAUAUAGAAUCCGGGUUAGUGCCUUUGUUUCUAUGUGCUACUGUGGGCACAACUUCAUCAACCGCAGUCGAUCCAAUCGGGCCACUUUGUGAGGUUGCAAAACAAUUCGGUAUUUGGGUUCAUGUGGAUGCUGCAUACGCUGGAAGUGCCUGUAUUUGCCCGGAGUUCAGGCACUUCAUUGAUGGUGUCGAGGAGGCAGACUCGUUCAGCCUUAAUGCACACAAAUGGUUCUUCACUACUUUGGAUUGUUGUUGUUUAUGGGUUAAAGACUCUAAUGCUCUUGUCAAAGCCUUAUCCACAAGCCCGGAGUAUUUGAAGAACAAAGCAACAGAUUCAAAGCAGGUUAUUGAUUACAAAGAUUGGCAAAUAGCACUCAGCAGAAGAUUUAGGUCAAUGAAACUUUGGUUAGUACUUCGAAGCUAUGGAGUUGCUAAUCUAAGAAGUUUCCUGAGGAGCCAUGUUAAGAUGGCCAAGCAUUUUGACGGGCUCAUAGCAAUGGACAAAAGAUUUGAAAUAGUGGUUCCUAGAACAUUCUCCAUGGUGUGCUUUCGAUUAAAACCCGCUGCGAUUUUCAACGGAAAAUUAGGUGAAAAUGGCGUGGACUACAGAUGCAUUGAGGAGAAAACAAAUGAGAUAAAUUCAAAGUUGCUCGAGUCUGUUAAUGCCUCCGGCAGUAUAUAUAUGACUCAUGCUGUGGUAGGAGGAGUGUACAUGAUCCGGUUUGCUGUUGGUGCAACUCUCACUGAAGAACGGCAUGUAAGUAUGGCAUGGAAGGUAAUCCAGGAACACACAGACGCCAUACUUGGUGCAGUGGAUGACUGUGUUGUUGCUUGAAGAAAGUUGGGAAGGAAAAAAGAUAAAGAAGUUAAAAUAAAAUGUAUUAAAUGACGAUUUUUUCUAUAUACUUGUAAUUUUCCAUACAUUUUUCCGAAUUUGGAAAAAUGUUUAUGUAAGCUUUUGUUACAUUUUUAAUUAUCUUUAACUUUAAAAUCAACAAUGAAUUCGAAU